AUGCAGAAUUUCUAUAGGGCUUUUCUGAAACAAACUCAACAGGCUGAUUGGAGGGGGCUGAUGGUGAACAAUUAUGCUCGUCCUAGGGCUGUUUUCACAUUGUGGCUAGCAUGCCACAAGAGACUUGCAACAAAAGAAAGAUUGGAGAAAUUUGGUGUGCAUGUGGAUCUGAAAUGUAUGUUUUGUGACUGUAUUGAAAAUAUUCAACACCUUUUAUUCGAUUGUAGGUACACUAAGGAUGUUUGGAGCAAGAUUUUGCAAUGGCUUAAUGUGAAACAUGAGGCUAGGGGAUGGGAGCAGGAAUUAUCUUGGCUGAACACAGUUUGUAGAAGCAAGAACUGGCGCACUAGCAGUGUGAAGACAGCAGUAGCAGAAACUGUAUAUGCUAUUUGGAUACAAAGGAAUGCAAUGGUGUUUCAAAAGGAGUAUAGAGAUACAUACAUAGUACAAAAAAUCAUAGAUACUACUGUAAAUAGAAUUUGGAUAUUACUUUCAUGCAUUUGCUAUUGUUUCUACACUAUCACUCAACCAUUUUCUGUUUUACAAGAUACGGUUUCAGAUACGCGCACGAUGUCUAGGGCUCCCAUUCUCAUUAAGGAGCUGGUCCAAGGGAACCAGGUGUGGAAAAUGCACAUCAGGGUCGUUGACCUGUGGGUUGUUACAGAAAAAACAGGGUAUCAACACCUAGAGUUGGUUCUACAAGAUGGAACGGGUGACCAAAUCCAUGUGACCACUAGCCGUUGGGAUUUUAAAGAUUGGAUAGAGCAGAUCAAAGAGCAUGAAACUUAUUAUCUGUAUAAUGGGGAGCCUGUGGUUAAUGAUGGCCCUUUGAAAGUAUGUUCGAACCCUCUUAAGAUUCUUUUUAAUGGAGGGACUACUCUCACCAAGGUGGACAUACCGGACAUCCCACCACACAAAUUCAACUUCCAUGCCAUUGAAAACUUUCUCAAUGGACAUUUCAAGCCUGAUAUGCUCUAUGAUGUUAUUGGUGUCUUGCAAGAUGUUGUUAAGACACAAAUGGGGGGUGGGGGUAAGAAGUCCUGUACCAAUAUCACAUUACGUGACGUUGUAGGAAAUGCCAUUGAAGUUGCUUUAUGGGGUGAUUUUAGCAAACAAUUCAUGGACUACAAGACUCUUGGCAAACAUGUUGGUCCCACAAUUAUCAUUUUGACUCAUGCUUGGUGUAAGCCCAAUACAGUAUCUGAAUUACCAAGUCUAUCUAAUGCUUGGAAUGGCUCGAAACUCCUGAUUAACUUAGACCAUCCACAAGUGGAAACCUUCAAAACCAGUUUUGGAGCAGCUGAUUUGUCAAAUGCAUCCAACCUUUCUCUAUCACUAACUUGUGAUUCAUCCAUUCAAUCCACAAACCAGAAUUGGACUAGCCAUAAUGAGGUCAGGACUAUCCGUGACAUUUAUGAAGGAGAAAAGGAUUGUUUUGCAACUACCAUUGGAAAUACCAAACGAUUCAAGGCUUCAAGGUUUGGAUGGUUUUUUAAGUGUUGCCCAGGAUGUAAGAUUUCUAUCAAGACCGUUGGAGGGAAAGUUGAGUGUCACUGUGGAGUUAAAGAUGUUGAACCAAUUACUAAAUUCAAAAUAGAAGUUGAAGUUGAAUAUGAUGGCUUUAAUGGAACCUUUGUCUUUUGGGAUAAGGAUUGUGUCCCAUAUACUAAACUGUCUGCUAAAGAGUUAAGAAAGCUCAUGAUAGCGAAUGGAGAAGACAACCCAAAAAUAUGGCCGGCUCAAGUUGACAAUUUGUUGAAUAAGGAAAUGGCGUUCCGUAUCAAAUUUCAAUCAUCUUACAAACAGUAUUCAAUUGUGACAAUUCUUAAUGAGGAUAAUGUUUACAACAAACUUAAGGGCUACCUAACCCCGGAUGAGGAGCAUACAUCAAAUGCUCCUGUUUUGGAGAUCUCCAAUUCUGAUCCAAAUCAUGAGCCAACUGAACCUAUUAUGACACUUUCUGCUCAAGCUUCGAUAUCUCCUCAACCUUCGUCUGCAAGCUCCGGCAGCACACCUGCCAAGAGGGGAGCUAUUUCAACAUCAGUUAAUGAGUUGAUUGAGGCUGAAGAUCUGACUCCUAAACAAUCUGCUACUAAGGCUAAGACUGCAAGAAAGAUCAAGCAUAUCAAGAAGGAGUAA